GUUGUCCUGUCACCUGACUUCCGGUCGGGGAAGAGAAAAAGUUGUGACUCCCCCACCCUCUCUUCGAGCACGGACGUAGAAGUUGUUUCGAUGUCCACGGAGCGAGGAAACGGAAUAUAAUAACACGACCUAGAUGGGAUUAUCGCUCUUUUCAACACGAGAAACUUGCUUGGUGUCCGUCGGAGUGGCGCAGCGGACCAGACGAGCCACUCAACGCCGUUCAAAAACCAGCACCGUGAGGAUGAGGAGGAUGAGGUCGAUGAGGUCCACCACUUUGGAAAGAUAAGGGCCGGCAUGUUGUUUGGGAAGAGUAUCGUUGUGUCUCCUGUGGAAUUUUCCAUCAACUUUUUUGACCAUUUUGCUUGACGUUUGCGGGGAUGCGCAGUGGUCACCCCUGAAAGUUGUCGUAAAAACACUGGUCCGGCUCGGCUGAAUGCUCCCUUUCCUGCUAUUCUUCUCUGCACUCCUCUGCGCUUCCUGCUUGCGCUGGCCCACUCGACUUACUGGCUAAAAAUAUUUAAAAACAGACCUCAGAGUCCAGUCAGGAAGCCUGGGUGAACCUUUUUGUCAGCUUCUUGUCUUUUCUGCCUUUCGAUAGCAGUGCUUAACUUGACUAAAAGGCGAAAAAUACUGGAAAACAAUUCAUCCAGAUAUCCUUGAAGAACCUUUGUCCGCUUCCUGGCUUUACCUACUUGUUUCAUUCUCCAAGAGCAGUUUACAAAUUUAGCUCAGGACUAAAAAAAAAAGAAAAUCUGGAAAAACAGACCUCAGAGUCCAGUCAGGAAGCCUUGGUGAAUCUUUUGUCAGCCCCUCGAUUUUUCUUUGUCAUUUUAGCCUUGACUGAGGACCUCAGAGAGAAAGUCCAGUCAGGAAGCCUUAAAAACCCAUUGUGAGCGUGCUUUUUUUUCCCUCAUCGUUGUUGGAGCGUUACAUUCCAAAUUAAUGGCUAAAAAUACAUAACAACAGAGCUCAAAGUCAGAAAAUCUUGAUGAAGUUUUGUCACAGCUUCUUGUUGUCUUGUUCUUUACAAGCUUUCAAAAAAUAGCGAAUGUCAAGCGAAGGAGCUAAUGCUCACUUUUCGAGGGCCGGUAAUUCCAGGACAUUAUAUUGCGCUCUAAGCAUGUGUUGGGAAAGCACGCGGCGCAUGACUUGACACCGCACGGCACCAAAUUUUGCAGACGUUCCGAAUUCCUACCAUCCCAACCCGGCCGCCAAAGAUGCGGCCCGCGAUCGUUUCCCGUCCGGUGAAAAGAUUUAUCGACGAGUCGAUCCUCGCUUUUGAACAUUUCACUCAUCCCUGAUGAACCAACAAGACAGCCGAGAAAGGGAGCGAGGCGCGAUAAAGUACUCCUUUGUACUUUAUUUUCAAACCCUCGGGGUGCAGAGUCCGAUCCAGCCAAAACAAGCGUCGGCGGCUCGAUGGAGCCGCUGAAGAACAUAUUCAGCCGAAGCCCGUUGUCCAACUGGAAGAACUCGGAGCAAUCGCAAAAAGGCAGCUUCGCCAACCCCGUGUGGACGGCCUUGUUUGACUAUGAGGCGUCGUGCAAGGACGAGCUGACCCUACGGAAGGGCGACCUGGUGGAGGUCCUCUCGCUGGACUCGGAGAUCUCCGGCGAUGAAGGUUGGUGGGCGGGGAAGGUCAACAACAAGGUGGGCAUCUUCCCCUCCAACUAUGGCUCCUUCAAGCCCGGCGGAUACGGCAAGCUCCCGGGCAGCGGCGUGGUCAGCGAGCUGGGCCCCGCCAUGGUGGGCGAGUUGGAACCCGCCGUGGUGAACUUCCGAGAGCUCAGCCUGCAGGAGGUGAUCGGGGUGGGCGGCUUCGGGAAGGUGUACCGCGGCACGUGGCGAGGCGCGCUGGUGGCGGUGAAGGCCGCCCGCCAGGACCCGGACGAGGACAUCAGCGUGACGGCGCAGAACGUCAGGCAGGAGGCGCGUCUCUUUGCCAUGCUCACCCACCCCAACAUCAUCGCCUUGAAAGGCGUUUGUCUGCAGGAGCCCAACCUGUGCCUCAUCAUGGAGUACGCCUCGGGCGGCCCGCUCAGCCGGGCGCUGGCCGGCCGCCGCAUCCCGCCUCACGUUCUGGUCAACUGGGCCGUGCAGAUCGCUCGCGGGAUGCUCUACCUUCACAGCGAGGCCAUCGUCCCCGUCAUCCACCGAGACCUCAAGUCCAACAACAUCCUGCUGGCUCAGCCCAUCGAGAACGAAUGCAUGGAGGCUCUGACGCUCAAGAUUACCGACUUUGGCCUCGCCAGGGAGUGGCACAAGACCACCAAGAUGAGCACGGCCGGCACCUACGCCUGGAGCCCCGAGGUGAUCAAAUCCUCCACCUUCUCCAAGGGCAGCGACGUUUGGAGUUACGGCGUUCUUUUGUGGGAGCUCCUGACGGGAGAGGCGCCUUACAAAGGGAUCGACGGGCUGGCCGUGGCGUACGGCGUGGCCGUCAACAAGCUGACGCUGCCCAUCCCUUCCACGUGUCCUGAACCCUUUGCUCAGCUGAUGUCAGAGUGCUGGGACCAGGACCCCCAUCGCAGACCCAACUUUGGCUCCAUCCUGGCUCAGCUGACGGCGCUGGAGCAGCAGGUGAUGGAGGAGAUGCCGCAGGACUCCUUCCACUCGCUGCAGGAGGACUGGAAGCUGGAGAUCCAGGACAUGUUUGAUGAGCUGCGCGCCAAGGAAAAGGAGCUGCGAUGUCGCGAGGAGGAGCUGAAGCGCGCGGCACUGGAGCAGAAGUCCCACGAGGAGUUUCUGCGGCAGCGCGAGCAGCAGUUGGCCCAGUGGGAGCAGGACGUGUUUGAGCGCGAGCUCACCCUCCUCAUCCUGCACCUCAACCAGAACCAGGAGAAGCCCAACGUCAAGAAGCGCAAGGGCACCUUCAAGAAGCACAAGCUCAAGAGCAAGAACGGCGAAAAGAUCAGCAUGCCCCAAGAUUUCAUCCACAAGAUCACAGUGCAGGCAUCGCCCGGCCUGGAGAAGAGGCGGACCUCGCCCGAUUUGGGCUCGGGCUCGUCGCCGUCGUUCGGCCCGCGUUUCCGUGCCAUCCAGCUCAGUCCCGGUGACAGCAGCAGGACCUUUGGUCUGAGCCCAAUGUGGCCCCUGGAGGCCCCGUCCCAGAAGCAGGCCAACGGCGAACCGAAGCUGGGCCCCCACUGGAGGCCCCAAAGCCCCAAAAGUCCCAAGAGCCCCAAAGUCCUGCGCCUUAGUCCUCAGGAGAGCAGCUUGUCGAUGAGAGCCAAGCUGUUGGUGUCCCACUGCAGCGAGAACGGAGACGCCGCCGACGACUUUGAGGAGUACAGGCCAUCCACGCCAACCCCUCCCCUGCCUCACAACGGCUCCUCGGCGAAAGACAGCCUGCGGCUUCCUCUUCACCACGGCGACUCGGGCAGCGAAGAGGGAGGCUGUUCUCCGGCGGGCUCCCCCAGGCCGGACAGGGGCCCUCUCAGCCUGAUCAAGAGCACCCACCGCGCUCUGCUGGCCAGCGGCUCCCUCUUGGCCUCCGUCGGCUUAGGCGGAUGCUUGGACGUCUCCCCGAAAGUUCCCCCUCGAACUAACCCCGCGUCCCUCGAGGAGUGCGGCACCUCCUUUUUGGACAGCUCGCCCGCCAAGCCCCCCGUUCGGGAAGCCCCCGUCGUGGACGACCUCAUCACCUUCUCCGCCUCCGAGCCGCUUCCCAAGCCGCUCUUGGAUUUAGCCUUGCGGUGCCAAGAACUGAAGCCGCUGCCCGCGGCGCCGACGAGCGCGGGACGUGAGCGCGGGACGCGGCCGGACCUGAGCCCGGGGGGGCACGAGCCGGGCUUCCACCCCGCCAACGGCGAUGCGGGUUCUGAGAGCUCAGAGCUGAGGAGCGACAGGAGGAGGAGGUCCGGUCCAGGCCUGCACGGCUCCCAGCUCGUUCUGGACCUGCCCCUGUGCCAAGACACGCAGGACUCGGACGAAAAGUCCCCCGCCCCCGCCUCGCUCCACCCCAACGCCGCCCCCCGGAGCCCCAAAACCUGCCGCCUAGAGGUCAGCGUCAUCCCCCGCCCUCGGCCCUCGCCCAUACGGCCCCGCAUCGACGCUUGGAGUUUCAUCUCGGCGGGCGGGGGCACGCCGGCCGCCGGCCGUCACUCGAGGCGCUCGGACGGCGUCCCCCGGGACUUCCAGCCCUCCCCCACGAACCCCUUCGCCACCUACGAGCCCUUCCCUCCCCCGGCCUGCGACCCCUUCGCCCUCAGGGCCGACCCGUCGUGCGCCUCGGAUAAAGCGUCGCCUUUCGACCCCUUCUCGGCGCCUUUCCCCGCCUCGCGUUCGGCGCCGUGCUCCGCCAACGGCUCGCCGACGCUGCCGUCGUUUCGCGUCGCGCCGCUCAACCCGGCCGACUCGCCGCUCAUAGACCUGGGCUGGGCGGUGUGCGGCAAGACCCUGGACGGAACCAAAGAGAGAGUCCACCCCCGAAGGACUCUGGGGCUCAAACCCUUCAAGUCCCCGACGCAACUCCGAGACGACCGCUUCUAAAGUCCACAAAGACCACUCUCGGCGACCUGUCGGCAUCAUUUCCUAAGAGUCACCCAUCGCUCCCCCCUGAUAGUCCAGGUCGUCCUACGUUUGUACGGGGCCCCACACAUGACAUGACGGGAGGGCGGACGGGGGGGCGGGGAUAUUUGACGCCGCGAUCCAGUGAAUCCCCUUUUCUAAACUUCGGUGAAGGUGAAAAUUUACGAUUUAGAGAGAGCGUCUAUAAAGGCUUUUUUUUUUUUUUUUUCAAUCUACUUUUUCCCCUCUCACACAUUUAAACGUAUUGAAUUUAAAACAAUCACAGACGUCCAUCCCUCCUGGAGCAUCUCCAGGAAUUUUAAUCUUUUUCUCUUCCGCUGCCUUUCGGCUCACUAGCAAAAGGCCUUCAAAGGUCCACUUGAAGGCCCUGAGCCAAAGUGAAAACCUGUUGUGCCCAACCUGAAGGCAAAUUUCAUUUCAUUUUCACCCAUAUUUAUGUUUUUAAUACUGUACAGUAUUUAUAAUAACAUAAAAACCUGGAGAAAAAAAAAACUACCGGUAGUUAGAUUGGACGUCUGAUGUGCCCCGAAUGCUAGCUAGUGGCCAUGAAGGUAGAAAUAUAUUUCCUGGAGGCUUCACCGACAUUCCCCGAACGACUCGGAUGUAUUGGCAAGCAAAUGAAGCGCGCCUUUUGGUGUGCUAGAUUGUGUCCACAAUCCCCCUCUCCCCCACACCUCAUGUCAUGUCUUGAGGGGGCUGCGUGGAUUUGCGACCUCUGAAAGCCAGAGAGACCCGUUUUCGAUUGCCAGUUUCUCGGUGUCAUCUCCCUCCUACCUCUGUGCGGAUUGAAAAAGGACGACGGACAUUUUGUUUUGUCAAUCUCUCAUCGCAGGGACCAAUCGGGCUCAACGCAACUUGUCGCGCUUUGCCGGAAAAUGUGUUAUUUGUUAAGCACAUAAUACAAAACAAACAAACAAACAAAAAAAGCAUGACCCGUGCAUUCCACUCUGGAAGAAGAUCACAUUGCAGCACAAUGUCAGGGAUUAACCCCCCCCCCCGACCCCCUCCCUUCUUCGCAAACCAAUACGACCAAAGAGUGCCUCCGUGACAAUACGACGAAUGUCCAAUUGAAUCCUACAAUUAUUCGCCACCAUUCCGACUCGAUUCAGAUUCGACCGAGAGUCCACAUAACAGGCGAGAUGUCUGUCACAUGACCAACGAGUCCCAAUCGGCGUCAAUCAAGAAUUGUCUUUUAUUUGAUCGUGAAUAUCAGCUCUUUCUUCUCCCCCAUAUAUAU